AUGGCGCCCGUCAAGCGAAAGGCCGUCACUGACGAACGACCGAGCAAGAAGGCGAAACCUGCAGAAGAGAAGAAGGAGAAGAAGGACAAGCCGAGAGAGUCGAAGAAUGGAUCGAAAGAAACGAAGCCGAAGAAAUCACACGCCGAUACAGACGCAGGCGAGAAACGACCACCGGCCAAAUCAGUUCUACAACAAGAAGAGCGAGCCUUUCCUCGUGGCGGCGGAAGCGUCUUGACACCACUCGAGCACAAACAGAUCAAAGCGCAAGCUGAGCGGGACGUUCUCUUUGAGCAGGAAAAUGGAGAGGUCGCGGAGGAGAAGGCAGACGACACUCUGUUCGACGAAGGAACGUCGGCUGCGAAGAAGAAGAAGCGUAAGGAUGGAAGGAAAAGCGGUGACGAGCCCGGCAAGGUCGAAGGAUCUGGUGUGAGGAUCCAAGGAUUGAGCUACAAGAGUCUGGUCGUGGGCAGCACGGUUCUAGGCCGUGUGACUGGUAUUACCGGAAGAGAUAUUGCGCUCGCUCUGCCAAACAAUCUCACCGGUUAUGCGCAGAUUACCGCGGUCUCUGAAAGCUUGAAUGCACGCAUCGAAAGGUUAUUGCAGGACGAUGGAAAGCCUGAUGACAGCGGGGAUGACGCAGAAGAUAUCGACCUGAAGCAGCUGUUCCAUGUCGGACAAUGGCUACGUGCUGUGGUGACCUCGACGGGGAGCGAAUCGGCAGAUGGUGGCAAGAAGAAGAGACACAUCGAGCUCACACUGGACCCCGGACAGGUCAAUGGUGGACUGGCAGAGGACAGGUUCGUUGUCAACAGCACGAUCCAGGGAUCUGUCAGAAGUGUGGAAGACCACGGUAUCGUUAUGGAUCUUGGUCUCUCGGACGCCAGCGUCAAGGGAUUCAUCAGCAAGAAAGAGCUUGGCUCGGCCUACAAUAUCACACAAAUUUCCGAGGGUCAGGUAAUGCUGUGUCUAGUGACUGGAAAGGGCAGCAAUGGCAAAGUGCUUAAGCUGUGUCCGGACACGAACAAAUUCGCAGUGAACUUGCCCAGCAACAAGCUUCCGAUCGUAAGUGAAGCACCUACCGUGGAUGCGUUCCAGCCAGGAACUGCUGUGGAUAUCUUGGUCACCGAUUGUGAUGGCCGCGGAGUCGUUGGAAAGAUCAUGGGCAUGCUCAACGUCACUGCAGACGUCUUCCAUUCCGGGGCAUAUGCCGUGGAGGACAUGGCAGAGAAACACAAAAUCGGCUCGAAGGCCAAGGCUCGUAUCAUCUACUCGCUUCCCCAGGACGACGGGUCUCGAAGAGCUGCCGAUUUGGACCAAAAGCUUACGCUCUCUGCUACCGUGGAGAGUGCCAAAGUUGUCCGUAUCUCGGCGGAGAGAGGGCUCUUUCUCACCCUUCCUAUGCCUGGCAAUCAUGAACAGCCCGCAGCCGCUUUUGCCCACAUCUCCCAAGUCUCUGACAGCCGCAUCGAUUCCAUCUCAACCACAGGCCCAUACAAGGUCGACUCGACCCAUAAGGCUCGAAUCAUCGCAUACAAUCCUGUGGACAAUGUGUACUACGUGUCCUUGAAGAAAUCUACACUCGACCAAGCUUUCCUCCGACUUGAGGAUCUUACUGUCGGCAGUAUCGUGAAAGGUACGGUGGAUAAGCUGAUCCUUGGAGGCAAGAAAGGAGUCACAGGUGUGCUGGUAAAACUCAGCGACAGCAUCUCUGGACUGGUGCCCGAAAUGCAUCUCAGCGAUACACAACUGUCUCAUCCAGAACGCAAGUACCGAGAAGGAUUCCCGAUCAAGGCGAGAGUGCUAUCUGUGGACACCGACAAGCGACACAUCCGUUUGACUGUGAAGAAAUCACUGGUCGAGGCGGAUGACAGUAGCUUGAUCUGGAAAGACUACGACGAUCUGAAACCUGGCAUGGAGAGCCAAGGUACUAUCAUAAACCUUCUGCCAGCUGGUGCUGCGGUACAAUUCUAUGGACCCGUGAGGGCAUGGUUGCCAGUAGCUGAGAUGAGCGAAACAUUCAUCGAAAAGACCGAAAACCACUUCCGGCUAGGUCAGACUGUUCGUGUGAAGAUUUUGUCAGUCAACCCAGCGGCGAGAGAGAUGAAGGUCACUUGCAAGUCUGGUGGAGAGUUGACUGCUGAGCAACAGACUGCGUGGGAAGAGGUUUCCGGUGGAGACCUGGUAUCUGGAGUUGUCUCGGUCAAGGGUGCUGACAAUGUCUCUGUCGAUCUGUCGAAUGGUCUGAAAGGUGUCGUCAAGGUUGAGCACCUUGUUGACGCAUCCGCAGCCAAGGCAGAAAGUGCCCUCAAGCGCAUCCGUGUCGGACAGACGCUCUCCAAUCUGCUCGUAUUGGAGAAGCUCGAUCGCAGUCAGACCGUGGCGUUGAGCAACAAGCCUGCACUGGUCGAGGACGCCAAGAAUGGUACCUUGAUCAAAUCCUUCGAAGACGCGCAGGAAGGCCGCAAAGUACAUGGAUCCGUGAGAAACAUCACCCCGACGGGAGUCUACGUCGAGUUCGCCAGCGGCAUUGUCGGCCUGUUGCCCAAGAGUCAGAUCGCUCCAGAAGCCGCCACAAAGCCCGACUUCGGGUUGAGAAAAGACCAGACUUUGAGCUUGCGCGUCAGCGGCAUUGACAAUCUGCAGGAGCGCUUCAUUUUGAGCAUGCGGGAGGGGACUGCUGCCGAAGUGCAGCCAUCAAAAGCCAAGGUUACUGAUGAUCUGGAUGCUGCAAAUCCGAUUGAUUCCAAGAUCAAAUCCAUGGCGGACUUUUCGCUUGGCAAAGUCGUCAAAGCCAAGGUCGUCUCCGUCAAAGCUACACAAGUCAACGUUCGCCUGGCCGAUAAUGUCCAGGGACGCAUUGAUGUGAGUGAAGCCUUCGACUCCUGGAAGGAUAUCACGAACAAGGCUGCGCCAUUGGAAAAGUUCAAGCCCAACGAUGUGGUUGAAGUCAAGAUUCUCGGCAUCCAUGAUGCGCGCAACCACCGGUUCUUGCCCAUCAGUCAUCGAGCAGGCAAGGUGCCUGUUUUUGAGCUGUCUGCCAAACGGUCGCGAAUCGAUGCCGGUGACGAAUCGCUACUCAGCUUUGACACAGUCAAGAAGGGAUCCUCGUGUCUGGCGUUCGUGAACAAUCACGAUGAUAGCUGCGUGUGGGUUAACCUUUCUCCCAACGUCAGAGGCCGCGUCGCUCUCAUGGACCUUUCAGACGAUGUCGGGCAGUUGCAGAAUGUUGAGAACCGCUUCCGCAUCGGCUGUGCGCUGAAGGUCACAGUCAAAGCUAUUGAUCUGUCGAGCAACCGUUUGGAUCUCACCGCACGAGAGGCGACCACUUCAGGACCAUUGACGCUUCAAGACCUCAAACCCGGCAUGGUACUUCCCGCACGAGUCACCAAGGUGAAUGAACGCUCUGUCUUCGUGGAGAUCGCCGACAACCUCGCCGGUCCUGUCCCUCUUGUCGAGUUGAGCGACGACUACGAGCAAGUCAACACUGCGCAAUACAACAAGAACGACAUUGUUCGCGUGUGUGUCUUGGGCGUGGACUUGCCGAACAAGAGAGCCUUCUUGAGUAUGCGUCCGUCCAAGGUGCUCAGCUCAAGCCUGCCUGUCAAGGAUCCUCAUGUCAAUGACGUUUCCCAGCUCAAGGUCGGCGAUAUCGUUCGCGGUUUUGUCAAACAGGUGGCUGACAAGGGCGUUUUCGUGACGCUUGGUGCGAGGACUGAUGCCUUGGUGCGGAUCUCCGAUCUGAGCGAUCAGUACAUCAAGGACUGGCAAAGCGUGUUUGAGAUUGACCAGCUUGUCAAAGGUCGAGUACUGGCUGUGGAUGUCUCCAGCAAACAAGUGCGGUUGAGUCUGAAGAACUCGCAUGUCGACAAGAACUACACACCUCCGCUCAACAUCAACGACAUCGAAGUUGGCAUGACCGUCGUCGGCAAGGUCAGGAAGGUCGAGGACUUUGGUGCUUUCAUCGACAUUGACAACACCCAACCGAGACUUUCCGGCUUGUGCCACCGGAGCGAGGUCGCAGCGAAGCGCAUUGAGGACGUGCGGACUUUGUACAGUGCUGGCGAUGUUGUCAAAGCCAGGGUUCUUGACGUCGAUGUGGAGAAGAGGAAAAUCAGCCUUGGUCUGAAGGCGAGCUACUUCAACAACACCGCGGACGAUGAGGGGAGCGAAGAAGAUAGCGACGCAGAGAUGGGCGGCGUAGACGUUGAGGACGCAGAUGAGGAGUCCGACAGCGAUGGCGGCAUUGACCUCUCCAACGUCCAAGACAUUGAAAGUGAAGAGGAAUUUUCAGAUGCAGACGAGAUGGAAGUCGACGAUGACCCUGCGGUCAAGUUGACUGCCGGCCUCAAGACAAGCGGUUUCGACUGGACUGGCGACGCUCUCGAUACCGACAAAGGGGCAGCGUCCGAGUCAGAACACGAGGGACCUGCGCCGAAGAAGCGCAAGAGCAAGAAAGCCGAGAUCAAGGUCGACUUAACCGGCGAUCUUGACAAGUACGGUCCGCGAAGCGUCAGCGACUUUGAGCGUCAACUUCUCGGUCAGCCUAACAACUCUGAUCUCUGGAUCCAAUACAUGGCCUUCCAACUCCAACUCAGCGAGAUCCAGAAGGCUCGCGACAUCGCCGAGCGUGCACUUCGCACCAUUCACAUUCGCGAGACCGAGGAGAAGGCCAACGUAUGGAUCGCAUGGCUCAACCUCGAAGUGGAGUACGGCGACGAGGAUCGCGUGGAAGAGGUCUUCAAGCAAGCAUGCCAAGUUCAGGACCCAUUGGAGAUGCACGAGAAGAUGGCGUCCAUCUACAUCGACUCUGGGAAACACGUCAAAGCGGAUGCUACUUUCGAGCGCAUGGUUGGCAACAAGGCCUUCCGCGCGAGUCCCGACGUCUGGCUCAACUAUGCUACAUUCCUCCUGGACACCCUGCAAGCUCCCGCUCGCGCUCGCGCACUUCUUUCUAAGGCACUGCAAUCUGUGCCCACCCGCGAGCACCGCCUUCUGACGGCCAAGUUCGCCGCUCUGGAGUUCCGCUCUCAAUAUGGAGAUGCCGAGCGUGGCCGCACGAUUUUCGAAGGUCUCGUCUCUGAAUACCCGAAGUGGAGUUCUGGCUGGGACAUGUGGCUCGACAUCGAGCGCGCGAGGGUUGCUCACGCGGAGAACGCGGAGGCGAAGAAGGAUGCGAUUGUCAAGACCCGCGCGCUGUUUGAGCGGAUCUCGAAGACGAAGAUGAAGAAGAGACGGGCGAAGUUUACGUUCAAGAAGUGGUUAGAAUUUGAGGAGAAGGAGGCUGGCGAGAAGGAAGUCGAGAAGGUGAAGAAGAUGGCGAAGGAGUUUGUGGAGAGGUUGCAGGCUGCUGGCGGGGAUGAUGGCGACGAGUAG